AGGGAGGGAGUUUGGCGUAUGGGUGUAUUUCCGUCCAUCCGUCCGUCCAUCUGUAGACUCCCUUCCUCCUCUCCCUCCAUCCAAGUGCACCAUUGGUCAGGCAAAAAGUCCUUCAGCAGGAAGCAGGGCACCUUCCCUGUGCGCAGCCAACGGGGCAAAAUGCGCAUCCUUGGCCUCUGCUUCUGAGGUCCAGUUGGCGAGGAAAGGGAGGUGGGCCUUGUUUCCUAGAAGCUGGCUUCCCUCCACUGAAUCCCAGCAAUGGGGCUUGUGGCUUCUCUCUUGCAGAGGACCAUCUUUCUGGGGGCAAGUGAUCCAGACGCCCAUCAACGACUCUCUUCCCGUCAGCAACUGCAGCGUGGCCCUUCUCUUCCGACAGCUUGGACCUUUCCCCGCGUUGUUGCCGGGCGGACGGACGGACUGGAAGACCCCCAAAAACUCACCGCUGGAUCUUUGCUCGCUCAGAGUCCUUCAGUGUCCCUUUCCUUUGGCCGGGGGUCAGCCAGGAAGAGAAUUGGGCCACACUGACCCCUCUGAAAACUUUGACCAGCAGGAAAAGCCUGGAGGAAGGAAGGAGAGGAAGCGGUCAGAGAGAGAGAGAGAUGUGGACGCCAACCCUGCGAGGGAGGAAAUCCCAGGAGGAGGAGGAGUCCCAGCAUUCCCUGCCUGCUAUUCACAAAGCAGAGAAGCCGGGAAGACUUCAGCCGAAGCAGGAAGUGCAACAGGAAGAGCAGUUUCACCUCAGGCUGCAAGGGCCAAAAUAGUGCUGAAGGAAGGAAGGAAAAAGGAGGUUGGUUUGGAGCUGAUACAAGAUGGCUGCCCCCAUGCUCUCCCCUCAGAAAGGUCUUAAGCGGUUGACUGAUGGACAGGAUUUUGGGUGGAUUUAAGAUGGCCGCCCUCAUGUUCUCCCUCAGUCAUUUUAAGCGGAGGUUUAUCAAGGGGUCACAACCGACCAGGCCUUACUGAGAGACCCUCCGGGAGGCACAUUUCUCCUCCUCUGCCUCCAGUUUCUAGAAUGUAUGCCACUGGCAGGUCCAUUUUAUUUUAUGUGCAGCGCUGUGUAAACCUACAGCGCUUUAUACAUAAAGUUUAAUAAUAAACAGACCAAACAAACAAGAUUCAUUUAUAUUCCGCUUCAUGCUGCCUAAGCAGCGUCUUAGCGGUUUACAACUGUAAGCUAACUUGUCCCCAACAAUCUGGGUACUCAUUUUAGUGACCUCUUUAAAUG